CCGAGGACAAAUCUACAUAUUUUCUGUUUUUUCUCUCUUUUUUUACUCUGUUUAUCAAUCAUUUCUUCUUGUCCCUAGUCUUCCCUCUCAAUCUUCCUCAAUAAUAUGAUGUUUCACAUUUGCACGUGAAGGAAUCUGAGCCCUUUCCAUUUGCAAUGGCUUACCCUCCUUAUCGAAGAUCCCACUUGCGCAGCAACACUUACCAUGCUCUCGUUCACAUCAUCUCUCACUUUGCUGAGUACAACUCUUCACAUGAAACUCCAACUCAACCCUUCAACAUUCCCGAUAAUGACAGUGGUAGAAUGGAUGGAAUAAACCUAGAAAAGAAGUCCAAGUGCUCUGAAGUUGUUGAUUCUGAUAUUUUGAGUCCUAAGGAUGCUAGUAGCCAUAAAGAUAUAGUGGAGGUUCAGGAGAUCAUUGAUGGAGUUGGAGAUAAGGAUACAGAUUUUACUUUCAACAAGAUGGUCCUAGAUGAUAUAGAACAUAUUAUGGAGAUAGACGACAUGUGUACCCAAGUAAAUGGUUUUGAUAAGGAACAUAAGCUAAUGAAUGAGUUUGAACUGGUUAUGAAAGGAACUGAAGAUCUUAUUUGUGAUAGUCAUUUAAUGCCCACUAACACUAAAUUUGAUGGGAAACAUAAUGAUGGCCCUGAAGUUGGGUUGAUGGAUUCUCAUGUAGACAUGGAGGAGGGAGAAAUUUCUGGAGACUUGGGAAAGGAUGACAAUUCAUGUAAUGUGCCUUCAGCAGAUGGUUUAAUUUUACCGCAGAAGCAGGUAGAUGACCUUCAGGAGCCUGUAGAUGUAACUAGAAAUAUGAUGUAUCCUUCUAUGAUUAUGAACCAAGAAAAGGAAAAAGGUUGUGAGCCUACUUCCUCUGUGGUAAAUUCUCUUCAAGAUCGCAAUGAUAGUGGACAAGUGGAGCCUAUAACUGGUGGCAAGAAAGGAAUUGCAUGCAGAGUUGAAGUAGCAACUUCAGAAAAAGCUGUUGAAUGUAAGAAGGAAGACAAAAUGAAGUUGGUGAAUGCCAGUAAAAGGAAAGAGCGUGGUGGAAAGAAAGAGAAAAAGAAGAAGGCAUAUAGAAUGAAGAGAGCAAAAAUGAACAGGGAGCUAGGUGUUAAAAGUAUGCAGUUGCAGAAGUUUGUACAGAAACCGAAAGUUGUCUCACAUUGUCGACAUUAUAUUAUGGGGAGGUGCUAUGAGGGUGACAAGUGUCAGUUUUCACAUGAUGUAGUGCCUCGAACAAAAUCCAAGCCAUGUGGUCACUUUGCUCAUAACUCUUGCAUGAAAGGGGAUGAUUGCCCAUUUGAUCACGAGCUCUCAAAAUAUCCUUGUAACAAUUUUGUAUCCCAAGGCUUUUGUAGAAGAGGUGAAUCUUGCUUGUUUUCACACCAGGUAUCCAAAGAAGAUAUCCCUACCCCUUCAAAUAUGCGCAGACCAGUGUUGUCUACUCUUCAGUCAGGAAAUGCAAAUUCCAACACACCAGUUAGCAAUAAUCAUGGCUCUGGUUCUAUGCAGCAAAAUCCCUUAACUCAUUCUUCUGGAACUCAUUCUCGCGUCAAUGUUGAACAUAAGGUGACAAACACUACACAGAAACAGCCUACACCACCUAAAGGAAUCAGUUUCAUCAAUCUUGCAAAAUUAACACCCAUCCCUUCUGCACCAAAACAAGGCACAGUAACAACGAAGGAAAGUCCUUUACAAACAGGGACCCACGAAGAUCAAAGUGCAUUUAACAAAACUCAAAACAAGGUUGAGAUUGCAAAGAAACUGCCAUCUGUGACACCUAAGGGAGUAAACUUUCUUUCUUUUGGCAAAGGCUCUGUCUCUGGCUCUAAAACUCAUAUUCGUCCCAAUGUGAGUACAGAAAAUGGUUUCAAUUUGCCUCGGUUACUCAAUUUUGGUUUGCCUGAGCAGAUAAACAAGGAUGUCCACUACAAACCUAGUGACAGGACAAAACAAAGUGUAUCACUGUCUGACAUAUUCUUAAAUGAGAUUUUAAGAAAAAAUCAAUCUGUGUCAGAGGGAAUAAAAUCCAAAUUUCCAGAUAAAAGCUCAGCUACACCAAGUCCUUUUGUUUCAUUCCAGUCUUCUGAGCAUCUAAAAUCUGAUUACCAUAAGCAUGCAUCAAACUCAAGUCAAAAGGCACUCUUGUCAACUUUAGCAUUUGCAGCAGAGCGUGAAUCUGUGUCAGAGGGAGUAAAAUCCAAGUUUCCAGAUAAAAGCUCAGCUACACCAAGUCCUUUUGUUUCAGUCCAGUCCUCUGAACACCUAAAAUCUGAUUAUCAUAAGCAUGCAUCAAACUCAAGUCAAAAGGCACUCUUGUCAACUUUAGCAUUUGCAGCAGAGCAUGAAUCUGACAUUAAGAUGAAAUUCCCUUCCGUUGAUUCGUCUGCAUGAUCAGAGGACUCUGUAAAAAAGUUCUGUUGAAUUGCAAAACUCAAUAGAAAUGUUAACCUUCCAAUGCAAUCUGUUUGUAUCUUUAAUGGAAUUUUACAACCCAAUUUUUGGCAAGCUUCAGCCAAUUAUUUCUUCAUUCUCUUCCA